GCCGGGGUCCUCUCAGUCUCGGGCACAGAGAGCAGGUGGUGGGACACGAUCCUGUCUGCGGUGUGACUGACGGUAUUAUCAACAAAAAUGUACUAUAAGGUCAGCGGAGUAACCGGAAAAUUAACGGGAGCCACAGCAGCGUCCGCUUACAGCCCGCAGGGGCUGAGGCCCACGGUUCCCUCUCAAGCUCCUCCUAUGGUCUUUGCUUUACCGACCAAGCUCGUAUCUGAGACCGAGUCAGUGGUUCACUACAUGGGAAUCAACAAAAUCCCUGAUCUGCAGAAGCUUUUCCAGAAAGGUGAUGGAGCCCCGGUUCACCUGAAGCGUGGAGUCAUGGACAAAAUGUUGUAUAGGACCACGAUGGGCUUGACGAUUGGCGGCACCCUCUACUGUUUAAUGGCGCUCUAUAUCGCUGCCCAGCCCCGAAAACCACAGUGACCUGCCCUUCACCUUCCCUUUGUAAUUAUCAAAUAUAUUGUAAUUAUUUUGGUUGGACUUUUGUCAUUUUGCUCUAAAAAGAAUGUGACCGAAUUAUUUGAUUUACCCCAGUAUUUAGAUCUCACUCACUGGUUACACAAAUACAUCUCCAUCAAUCUGAUUUCAUUGCAUAUGUCCGUUUAUUACAGCGUGGUCAAUCAUCAUCUCCUCACAUGCUCAUUCUUUCCAGGCAGUUGUUUCUCUUAACGGUCUGGUUUUAACAAUCAGAGAUAUCAGUGAUGCACACGUUGAUGAACAGAUUGUAUCUUUUGAGUGAAUGACAGAGAGCCUGUAAAUGAUGUCCUUGCGAUGUGUACCUGGCAGAAUAAAUCUAUUUUGUUUGUAAAA